CCCAAACACCAAAGAACAGCCAAGCCCAUAUGUGUAGAUAGAUAGACCUUCAAUGGGCCAUCAACGGGCUAAACCGUUUGGUGUGUCAUCGCACUCAUGAUGUGUUGUGAAUGUGCAAUGGGAACAAAAAGAGACGUUAGAGAGAGAAUCUUAUUCUUGCCAUGUACGUGUGUGUGAUGAGACAAACGGCAUGGUCAUUAUAAUUCGAAACCGGGACCAUGCAUUGUCGUUUCACUACAAACCCACAUGGAGAGAAGGAUAUUACAAAAGAGCAAUAAGAGAGACUCUGAUUCUUUUGUCUUUCCCAAAACACUGUCUUUUUCUUAGCUCAAUAUAUACUAUAAGUUUACCUCGUUAGUUUCUUUUGACAAUCAAACUCGCAGUCAUUCAUUCAUGAAUGUACUUCGUUUGUUAUAUAUAUAACCUGUUUUUACAAAACAUUUACUGUUUGAAUUCGUCAAACAAUGAUCCUUUCUAGGUCAUUCUUGUUUAGACCAACCAAAAUCAGUUUUACAGUCGAGAUUAAACUGAUGCUGUAAAAACUCAUUUAUUAUAUAUCUUGCAAUAUAUCGAUAUCACUAGAAUACGGUUUACCAUUAUCAUGGCGUAGAAUAAGGACACGUUUAUGCAUUGAUUAUAUUCCCUUUGUAAUAAGACAAUUAUGUAAUUAAGAUGGGUAUUGUCUCCAUCCUUCUCUUAUCUUUAUCUUCCUACAGGCUCUCAAUCCUCUUAACAUUAGGAAUUUAGGAUCAUGUAUUCUAUGUAUCAUCUCAUAUAAAACCAUAAAACAUUUAUUUUCAUGAUUUAUUAACUUCUUAAUUUAUUAAAAAUAAUGAAAAACUAUGAAACACUGAAACUAUGAAAAUGCAUGAAUACAUAUCAAAGUUUUUACGGAAUGAAUAUUAAUCAUAUAUUAUAAGAAAAUGUAAAAGGACCACCCAUCAUUUUUCUUACAAUAUAAAAACCAUUCUACUAGUUCUACAUUCUAUCACACUGAACUUCAAGCUCACGGUGAAAGAAAGAAAAAAAGCGAAACAAAAUGGAGAAACCACCUUCGCGGGAACCUGUCACCGUCUACGCCCAUCAGCCGCCGCUUAAUCACCAAGAAACGUUCGCCGCCGGUGAGAUGGAGUACUACUCUUGGUUCGACGAAGCCUCUAUCCAAGACAUGAACUACUUCGUCAAAACCAUCACCGGCAUCAAAUCCAAAGGCAUCCGACCAGACCUCAUCGGCUCCAUCAUCGCUCAUUACGCUUCCAAGUGGCUCCCUGAUCUCUCCGGUAACGUCUCCGCCGUCACGGCACCACCACCACCACCGACGGAAAGCGUUACGGCUUCUGUAAUGAAGAAACGGUUUUUCGUGGAAACUCUAACCGGAAUCCUCCCUCCGGAGAAAGACUCCGUUCCAUGUAACUUCCUCCUCCGUCUCCUCAGGACGGCGAAGAUGGUCGGAGCCAAUCAGAACUACUUAACGGAGCUCGAGAACAGAGUGGCUUGGCAGCUGGACCAAGCCUCUAUCAAGGAGCUCAUGAUACCUUCGUUUAGCCACACGUGCGAGACUUUGCUCGACGUUGAGCUCGUGACUCGUCUCGUGAAGAAGUUCGCUGGUUUGGAUAGUGAAGGUGUUAAAACCGGUGCGGCUCUUGUCAAGGUGGCCAAGCUUGUUGACUCUUACCUCGCUGAAUCUGCUAUUGACAGUGGUUUGACUCUACCGGAGCUUAUAUCACUAGCCGAAGCUCUGCCUAGCCAUGCUCGUACCACAGAGGAUGGCUUGUACCGCGCCAUUGAUACAUAUCUCAAGGCACAUCCUCAGGUGAUGAAGCAAGAAAGGAAAGAACUGUGUAGACUCAUCGAUAGCAGAAAGCUAUCACCAGAAGCAGCGCUACAUGCAGCUCAGAACGAUCGUUUACCUGUGAGAUCAAUCAUCAGAGUGUUGUUCACUGAGCAGACAAAGCUAAGUCGUCACACUGACUGGAGUCCAUCUGGCUCACAUUACUCCGAGCCAGGCUCUGGACCACAGUGCUUGUCUAAACGCGAGAUGAAUGUCCAGCAAGCGGAGAUAAAGAGGCUUCGAGAUGAUGUGUUGAGGCUCCAGAGUGAGUGCGGUGCAAUGCAUAUGCAGAUGGAGAGGCUUAUGGAGAAGAAGAGUAGCGGUGGUGGGAGUAAAGGGUUUUUUCGGUGGAAGAGGCUUGGGUUAGGACCUUCUAUUAGAGGAAGUGUUGGCGUUGAAAAGAUGAUGAACGAUGAGGAAGAAGUAGGUGAUAAUGGUGAAGGCUUUGAGCCACGGACUCCGGGGAAUAUGAAGACAAGACUUGUUAAAGGAAGAACAACACCUUCAAGGUGGAGAAAAUCUAUGUCUUAAUGUUUGCAUUAAGGGAAAACUAAAACAAACACGCUACUAUAUUACACGUGGAGGACCAACAAUAAAGAAGUCUUUUUUACACACAAACAAUGAAUCACCAAAUUGAUCACACGUUUUAGAAACAAAAAUGCAUGUUAUGAAGAUGUAGUCUGAAAUUUGAUAGCUCGUUUGAUUGUUUGGAGAGGUGACUUGAUGAUGUUGUUCUUAACGAUGGGAGAAGGAGAUGAUGGAAUCCUUCUGACAGCUCUAGCACUCUCUGACCUCUCCACCACUUUAUCUCUGCCACUCUUCUCUGGUGUGUUCUUCAUAUCAAAACUCAUUCUGCUUCUAUGAAAGCUUUCAGUUCUUGUUUGUGUUGUUGUUGUUUGCCUCAUCAGCCUGUAACGGCUAGUCCACAUCUUCCUCAUUAACCUUUUCAAGUAGAGGGAACUUGUGGUCCAGUUUCUAUAUCAUUUCAUCAAUCUUCUUGCUUCUUUCGGCUUGAA